UCCAUUUUGUAGGCAAUGUUUUUCCUGGAGGUUAGCGCCUACUUUCCUAAUGGCUAGCUACAAAUCCCCAUAGCUUAGCCACUUUAACGUUUUGCAUGACGGUUUGCAGCUCGAUCGACCCGUAAGACCGCAAGACAGAAAACGGAGCGGACGGACUCGGCGCGUUUCGUCGUUUAAUCCAAACAUGUAGCAUCGAUACGACGCCUGAGGAGCAACGUUUAGAGAGUCAGUCAGCGUGUUGUGAACUGACACUUUCUACCAAAACAAUGUUGACAGACGACCUGUGGACACGUAUCAGCAACCAGUCAUUUCAAGGAUGGAUAAAGGUGCAGUGAAGAAAAUAAUAUUCAGACGAGAUGACCAUUUGAGCAAACUGGUCUACACUGAAAGCCCUGAGGAGGGAGGUUUGCUGAAAGUGGCUCCUCACAGUGCCGUGUCCAUCACCUCUGCCACCUCUGUCGUUCUUCCACCGAGCCCCUUGAUGCAGCCAGGACAGGUGCCCAACGGCCUCAGCAACAGCCCCGUUCCAGAGAAGCUCGCCUCUGUCACUGCCACCAUCGGCUCUCUGCCCGAAAUCACAGAGCCCAGAGGCCUGCCCAAAGAUCAUAGGCCUCAGACACAGAUCUCCGCUUCUUUUGAACGCCAGACUGGGGCAGAGAGUUUGCCACAGUUGGAAGCCACGAUAACAGACAUCACCCAGUCCUCCAUGGAUUCACUGAUUGGAGGUUCAGAUCCUAACUUCUUCCACAUGAAAACAGAGGACUUCUCCAUGGAUAAAGGAGAGCAGGACCCCAUUGACCUUGAUCAUCCCUUUGAGCAAAUUGGGAAAGAUGUGGACGUGGGCCAGAAAUUGUUCAGUGACAACACUCUGGACCUGCUUCAAGACUUUGACCUGACUGGCUCCCCAUCAGAUUUUUAUGUCGGAGAUGAUGCUUUUCUGUCCACUCUCGCAGAUGAUUCUUUGCUGGUGUAUUGCGGCUCGGACAAGGACGUGAAGCCGGCGGUAAUCGAGAGCAGUAACGCCACCGGAGCCGUCUCUAUUGCCCUGAAUGGCAGCAGCAGCAUGACAAGUCCAGAUCAGUCCAGCCCCAGCGUGACCACCUCUGCUUCCCUCACCCCAACAACCACUUUGUCUGCACUGGUGAAAAAGGAGAAGGAUGCUGGCUUCAUUCACCUCUGCACUCCAGGUGUGAUUAAGCAAGAGAAGACGUCUGAGGGCCAAGGCUACUGCCAAGUCAGCGGCACGUCGUCCACGGACAUGCAAGGCGCUAACCCAAUCUCCAUCUGCGGGGUGAGCACCUCAGGAGGCCAGAGCUACCACUUUGGAGUGAGAAACAGCGACGCUCAGCAGCAGAAGGACCAGAAGCCUGCAGCCAGCCUCCCGGUGAUGACCAUCAGCUGGAACCGGAACCAGAGCGUUGGGGGCAGUUCGGCAAUCCACAGGGCGAACAAGACGUUCUCAAGCUCCCCGUCCUUCUCCAGCUUCACCAGUUCUACAUCCAGACAAGAGGGGGGAACCACAACAUCUGCAACAUCGGGAAAGAGCGGGACUCAUAAAAUCUGUCUGGUGUGCUCUGACGAAGCCUCGGGCUGCCACUACGGCGUUCUCACCUGCGGCAGCUGCAAGGUCUUCUUCAAGAGAGCAGUGGAAGGGCAGCAUAAUUACCUCUGUGCGGGGAGGAACGACUGCAUCAUAGACAAGAUCCGGAGGAAGAACUGCCCAGCAUGCCGCUUCCGCAAGUGUCUGAUGGCAGGCAUGAACCUGGAAGCUCGCAAAACCAAGAAGCUGAGUCGCUUAAGGGGCGAGCAGCCCAGCAACCCGCCCGAGGUGCUGCCCUCUCCGCCCAUCGAGGCCCGUUCCCUUCUACCCAAGUGCAUGCCACAGCUAGUUCCCACAAUGCUAUCCCUGCUGAAGGCGAUCGAGCCGGACACCAUAUACGCCGGCUACGACAGCACCCUGCCCGACACGUCCACCCGCCUCAUGACCACGCUCAACAGACUGGGUGGACGACAGGUCAUCUCUGCCGUCAAGUGGGCCAAGGCUCUGCCAGGCUUCAGGAACUUGCACCUGGACGACCAGAUGACUCUGCUGCAGUGCUCCUGGCUCUUCCUCAUGUCUUUCGGUUUGGGCUGGAGGUCUUACCAGCAGUGCAACGGCAACAUGCUCUGCUUUGCGCCGGACCUCGUCAUCAACGAGGAGCGGAUGAAGCUGCCCUACAUGGCCGACCAGUGCGAGCAGAUGCUGAGGAUAUCCAGCGAGUUCGUUCGGCUGCAGGUUUCCCACGAUGAGUACCUGUGCAUGAAGGUCCUGCUGCUGCUCAGCACAGUGCCAAAGGACGGCCUGAAGAGCCAGGCCGUGUUCGAUGAGCUUCGGAUGUCGUACAUCAAGGAGCUGGGGAAAGCCAUUGUGAAGCGCGAGGAGAACUCCAGCCAGAACUGGCAGCGCUUCUACCAGCUCACCAAGCUGCUGGACUCCAUGCAUGAGAUGGUCGGUGGGCUGCUCAGCUUCUGCUUCUACACCUUUGUGAAUAAAUCCCUGAGCGUGGAGUUCCCGGAGAUGCUGGCCGAGAUCAUCAGCAACCAGUUACCAAAAUUCAAGGCCGGGAGCGUCAAGCCUCUCCUCUUCCACCAGAGAUGACUGCUCUCCCCGUUAACGGACACGAUGCCUUAAAACCCCACCACGUCACCUCACCCCCUCCCCCGCUGACCCCGCUCACCCCCGCCCCACCCCCCCGGAGAGCGAAACGGCGAGAAGGACUGAGGAUCCGAGGCGAGGAGCGAACGUUGGGUUUUUUUUUUUUUGUUUGUUUUUUUUGUUUUUUUUGGGAGCGAGUAUGCAACUUUGUGUAGAUGCUUAUGGGUCUGGAGGGAAAAGAGCAGAGGCGUCUGAGUAGGAACCCGACAGCGAGCACAAGACCUUUUUUUUUGUUUUUGUUUUUUGUCGAGCAAAUGAUGUAGUGUUUAACAACCAAUAGGAAAUGUUUGUAAGAUAAUCACGAUGAGAAAUAGGCUAACAUCAAUGUCGUCUCAGGUUUCUUACCUUCACGUUUCAGAACGCCAACUAAAAUAGAUACGUACAAAUAUCUAUGUUCUGGUUCUGAUAGUAUUUUCUACAUUUUCAAACGAUUACAGUUUAUACAAUUUUCCAGGUCGCCGUUACCUGAGAAGGUAACAAAGCUUAAUAACAUGCUCUUAAAUAGGCUUUUAGACUGUAUGUUCCACUUUUAGUUUUUGUAGGAGGCUGUAACGAAAAUGUUUCAGUCAUAUGGGGAAAAAAAAAAAAGUCUGUUUUCUAGUCAUUUAAAAGGUAUUUUUUUCUUUGCUUUUACUGAUUAACUUUGGACAUAACUCUUUGGAGCUGUUAACCGACGUCCACCCUUCAAAGGACGACUGCUCCCACACAAGCCGACCUCUUCCAGGUUUACACAUGUCAGUUAUAAAAGGGAAAAAAAAAAACAUGUGCCUUUUUUGCUUCAAAUAUCAUCUUAGCCAUUUUCUUCCUACUGUACUUCUCUUUUACCUGUCAUGGUCUACCUUCACCAUAUGUUGAUUGUACUUUUUAUAUUACAUGCAGUUGAAAGUUUUCCACUUUUUUUUUUUUUUUUCAAUGGCUGUGUCUAUCUUUAGAAGUGGCAGCUCUCGAUUCAUCCUCGCCGUGCAGAAGCGACUCCUAAUUGUUGCGAAACAACGUUCAAAACCUGCUUCCUCUUCUCCUGCACACACACACACACACGCAACUCCUUAAGUGCUACGUCAGCACUUAUUUUUUUUCUGCUAAAUGCUUUAAAAGACUGUGAAGUAAGACUGUUAUACUCAUACCAGUCUUUAUUGUUUGACUCGAGAUGGAAUUAGAACCUUUUUUUUAUAUUAGGAUUUAGCUCUUCUUCUCCUUGCCUUUUAAAAGUCGCGUUUCCACUUAUAGCAAACAUCCACCAGAAAACAGCAGAGGAAUCUAAAAAGCCUCUUUCAGCGUCACUUCCGCCUCGAGCUGGUUAGUUAGAUUCAUUUAGAUCAGAUUAGAGCCCAUCCGCUGAAUUUAGGAGAGGUGGGCCGUACUGGUCCUGGAGGGUCCCGCAUGUGUUCGGUGUUCUCAGAAAGACUAAUGACAAACGCCACUGAUUUAAAAAAAAAAAAAAAAAAAAAGACCAUUUGAAAUCGAGUCUGGACCAUGCGGUCUCUUCCACUUAUGCGCACAAAUAUACAGAAGAAGUUCUGCAGGUGCUAUUUUUCCUUAAGGUGGUCUAAUUAAACGUGGUCAGCCCUUCAAGCCCCGCCCCUCAGUCUCCAUCUCAAGCAGGAACUUUUUUUUUUUAAUUUUAUUUUUUUUAAUGGCGAUUAAUUAAUCUCCCUCGGUCACCGCCGUGGAGACGCAGUAGAGAGAAACCAGGUUCCCCAGUGGAAGCGCGGCUGUAGUCACUCCUGUCCCAGUAGUCUGCGUAGUAGAAUGUGAUGGAUACCUGCGUCUACCAAUCACAAGUGAGAGGGCAUAUUUUAUUGUGUUUGCAAGUUUGGGUCUUUUUUUUUUUUUGUUUGUGAGUUAAUCAGGAAUAUUACUUCAACAUUUUAAUGUGGUUCAAACUGGUUGGAAAGUAGCCGUCCUUCACAUUUUCUGCUGUUUUCCAUGGUAACGCUCACGUUCUGGAUGUUUUCACAUGGGAACCCUGUGUGCUGGUGUAUUCGUCAGAGGAAUAGUUUGACGUUUUAAGGAAGACGGUUGCUUGUUGAUUGACUCCAGUGUGUUCCGUUUGGUACGUAUGAAGCUCCUUAGCCUCAGACUGUAGAGAGAAGCCUCGCUCUGUGUCGGUGUGUGUGUGUGUGUGUGUGUGUGUGUGUGUGUGUGUGUGUGUGUGUGUGUGUGUGUGUGUGUGUGUGUGUGUGUGUGUGUCUCGCUCCUGGCGAAUCUCAAUCUCAUCAAUUACCGUGGAAGCAUCAGUUCAGCUUCCUGACGUGGGUUAUGUGGCGGACUGGUUUUUGUCCGGGAUACGUUGCAUCCCGCUGGUUGCUUAGCAACAACAUAGCCGAGAAAGAGUUGAAUGCACACCCCUCCAAAAGAGCGGCGAGGUGUGCGGAUGAGAGAUUUGGAGGUGCGGAGGAGCAGACGGAGCAGAGCCAGGCCAGCUGUUUCCCGGUCUGUGAGCUGAAGCGAACCCGCUUCGUAUUUACUGCGGGACACGUGGAGGGAGACGGUGAAUGAAAUGUCCAACUAUUCCUGUUAGCAGUUUGUAUGGUGGACAGUUUGUGUAUACAGCACUUUGGAUCAGGCGUUGGCAGAUUCAUUUCCCUCUGACCCCCCCCCCCCCUUCCCCACACACACACACCUCUAGCAGCACCCUGUCUUUAGUACUUUUGCACGUUUAUCUGAGUGUCCGUUAACGAGUCGAGCCCCCCCCCCGACAUCUGAGAGCGCUUGGCACCGGGUCACCUCGCAGAGUCCUGUCACGUUGUAGCAGUGUAGCAUUACAGAGCGUGGGGGAGGGGGGGGGCCGCAUAAAGAAACCCUUCUAUUCUCUGGGAACUGUCUCAGUGCCAAACUCCUGUUUUUGUCUGUUUUCAGUGAAGCUGAAAGUCGGUCAGUAUUCAUAUGAGAUGAGGAAACUUAGAAACAGGCUGAUUAUCUGGAAACGUCAUGAGCGACGAGAGCCGAGCUUCGGCCCUCAGACAAACACGUUGUGUAAUCGCGCAGGGCUGCCAGCAGGCUGCGUGCGUGUCGGGUGGAAGGAGGAAUUUGAAAAUACAGUGCAACAUUUUGAACAGUUGCAUUGGUUUUGCAACCCCGAAGACACAUUUUUGCAAAGAAUGUGAACCACAAAAAGGAAUAAAUCUCAAAUUUAGAGGAAAUUCUGCUAACACAUCAGAAAUAAUGAACUGUCACGUUAAUGAAUGAAUGAAUGCAGUGAGCGAGCGACUCACUGGGACGCUCAAAUAGGAAAAAUCUGGAAAAAUCCAACGAUCAAUAACACAACAGCUCAAUAUUCAGGAUGUUUUUGUGUUUUUGUUCAUUUUACAAAGUGUGAUCCACAUGUUGUCCACAUUUAGUUGAAGAACCAAAAAACAGUCUGAGGGUUUGGCUUUCCUACGUGUCUGUUUCUGUGUUUUCUGGGUGUUUUGUCUGUCAGGAAAUGAUGGAAUCUGCUGCCACCGGCGUCACUCAUCUCUAUAGGCUCAGCCUUCCGAUGCUUCUUCGUUCUGUUUGGGGUUGAUUCAGAACCAUUGGAAUAAAACGGCCUCUUCCACCGCGGAGGGGUUACUCGUGGGUUACUUUCACAUUCAGUGUAUCCAGAUCUCUGCUGCUGCUGCUCCUCAUUUUAACAGGUUUAUAUAAUAUAUAAAUAUAUAUAUAUCUAUAUAUGAAAUCACACACUUGCCUCUUUUCUUGCUCAAAAAUGUAUCCUGAUUACUCCGCUGUACAUUUUUGAGGAGGAUGCCAGAAUAUGCAAUAGAAACCACGUACUCUCUACAGCACCACAGAACACAACUGCUACUUCAUCUUUUCUUUCCUCAUAUCCGAUAUAAGCUAUCUGCAUACAGGAGAUUCACACAAAACUUUUUUAUUUUCUCUGCAGGCCAGACUUUUUUUUUCAGAAUAUUCAGGAAUCCUCAGUCCAGCAGGACUGCACAGAUAAGCCUAUUUGAUGUUUGACUACAAGGUGACCAAAGCAAAUCCACACAAAUUCAGUGUAACGUCAGUGUAGCGUGAGGAGCUCCCACGACACAAAUGUACAGUUCUUAGUUUUUACAACACUUUUUUUUUUCUUUUUUUUUUUGGUCGUGUCUAUUUUUUUUUUUUUAACAUGACGGCUUUGGUCAAAUUGUGUAAUACUGUGAAUAGGAUAGGAGUCGAUCUUUUUCACACACAAAACUGUUUGUGAAAGUAAUCAACCAGCUUGAAUCUAAAAAGAUUUGCACUACCCAAAUAUUGUUUGAAAAUCUAUUUUGUAUAAAACAUAUGCAGACAUUAACUUUUGAGAAUUAUAAAGGGCGGAUCAUGUUUCACUGGUAUAUGCUUUCUCUAAAAAGGAAAAAAAAAAAGCUUUGUUUUGCUUAAGACAAGUUUAAUAUGUACAUAUAAUCCAUUGUAAAGAAAAUGUGGUGUAUUUGUCUCCAAAUAAUAGUUUUUCAGUACCUGCCCCGCUGUAUUAUUUCUCCUCUGUAGUGUGACUCCUGUUGAUCUUUUCCUCCAUUGAUUAAAGGUCAAACCGUU